AUGGCUCCAUCAGCGAUCGAAGAACCGGCGACUCAGACCGAUGUUCCCAAGCAUAUCCUUGUGAAACCAUGGGUGCGUCCGGCUGAGACGACAGAAAAUCUCGAGUGGGCGCCUUUGACGACGAUCGAUCUGUCGCGCUUCGACGAGCCGGGUGGCAAGCAAGAACUGGCGAAGCAGCUUUAUGACGCCCUGACUCGGGUUGGAUUCUGGGUUGUGACCAACACUGGAAUUGACGACAAGAAAGUCCUUCGCCAGUUCAGCAUCGGGAAUACUUUCUUCAAGCAGCCGUUGGAGGAGAAGCGUUUCUUCCCCUGUAACUUUGCCGAGGGCGAGUAUUUUGGUUAUCGCGAGAACUCACGAUGGAUCGGUGACACUGGUGUCAAAGAAAACAUUGAAAUGCUCAACAUCCCUAAGGAUAUCCCAGCACUUGCGGAUGUCCCAAAACAUCCAAUCACGCAGGAGUAUUGGGAUGAAAUCCGAACUUUCCACCGUGAACUCUGGGACAAGGUGGUCCGCAAGCUUUUUGUUCUGAUGUCCAUCAUCCUUGAACUACCAGAAAACUAUCUAGCAGACGCUCACGCCUAUGAUGAGGUAUCGGAUGAUCAUCUUCGAUAUAUGAUCUACAAUGUUAGGACUCAAGAGGAAUGGGAUAAGGCUCAGGCUUAUUCCAAGGGCGGUCAUACCGACUUUGGUAGCCUGACGCUGCUGUUCUCGCAGCAUAUUGCUGGGCUGCAGAUCCGAACUCCAGAAGGAGAAUGGAAAUGGGUCAAGCCUGUGGAAGGGGGCAUCACCUGCAAUGCUGCUGACACCCUGACUUUCCUGACCAAGGGCUUCAUCAAGUCGACUAUUCACCGGGUUGUUACACCCCCUAAGGAUCAGCUGAAUACACCUCGUCUUGGACUGUUGUACUUCAGUCGUCCAGGAGACAAAACAUUGAUGAAGCCGGUGCCAUCUCCGCUUUUGGACCGCCUAGGCCUUCUUUCAGAGGAGGAUAAAGAUGCCAGUAGGCCUGCUCCGACGGGCACCGAGUAUGUUCGAGCACGGGUCAAGGAUGUCCACCACAAAACCGUGAUCGACAAACGCGAGGGGACGGCAUUCGAAUACCAGGGCCUCAAGGUGCAGAACUAUUAUGAAUAG